GGUUUUUGUCUCGAUCAGAUUUUUGAAAAAAUGACCUGGCAUCCCUGUACAUCGCAACUCACCAUAUUUAUUUCAAAAAAUGUCCUGGCAUCACUGCAUCGAAGCAAUCAUUGAAGUCGAUCGCUUAUCACUAUCGUUAACAUAGACCGCAUUUAAAACUAUUUGAACCAUUUUUCUAUGAUGGUACAAAAAAGCAACAGUUUCACGGCUUUCUUCAAGAAUAUUUAUUACGAUGAUUACAAAUGGGCUCUCGUGAAAAGUGCUUCUCUUUUCAUUUUGGGAAUUCGCAUCGCAAAGGAGUGUAUUGGACUCGAGCUAAUGCCAGCAGUACAACAUUAGCUCCUGGCUUCGGGUUCGAUGUUACGGGAUUUCUAUUUCGUUUAAAUGUAGUUGAAAUAAAACUGUUGGCAUAAAUUAAUAUAUAGACUUUGAAAUUAUGGAAACCUUAUUAAGAGUUUUAUUCGCACUUCAUUUCAUUCGAUGUGUUAACAGUGACAACAUAUUACCCAAUAUAGUUUUGAUUUUAACUGAUGAUCAAGAUGUGAUCUUGAAAGGGCUGAAUCCUAUGGUACAAACUCAGCAACUAAUAGCAAAUCAAGGUGCCACUUUUAUCAAUGCGUUUACUUCAUCUCCAAUUUGUUGUCCAUCGAGAAGUGCAUUACUUUCAGGGCAAUAUGCACAUAAUAUAAAAACAUAUAACAAUUCUAAUUCUGGUGGAUGCUAUGGAAACUAUUGGCAGGAAAAAGUAGAAUCUGCUACAUUUCCAGUUUUAUUGCAAAACAAUGGAUACCAAACAUUUUAUGCUGGCAAAUAUUUGAAUGAGUAUUAUUCAGAAAAAAUUCCAACUGGCUGGAACGAAUGGUUUGGUUUGCAUGGAAAUUCAAAAUACUUCAACUAUUCAUUGAACGAAAAUGGCAAAAUAGUUUUCCACACAGACGAAUAUUUCACGGAUGUACUUAAAUCCCAUGUACUAAAUUUUAUAACAAAUAUUACGGACAAUAAACCCUUUUUUGCCAUGGUUGCUCCUCCGGCUCCACAUGCACCUUACACAGCUGCUGACAGACACAACGAGCUAUUUCCGCAGGUAAAAGCUUUACGAACAAAGAAUUUCAAUCUUCCAUGUGGUCCGCUAGAAAAACAUUGGUUGCUUACUAUGCCACCAUCGCCUCUUCCAGAUGAAAUUGUGGAAAAAAUAGAUAUCAUUUAUAGAAAACGAUGGCAAGCUUUGAUGGCAGUUGAUGAGUUGGUUGCAGCAAUUUUCAAAGCUUUGGAGCAAAGAAAUCUUAUUACAAACACCUAUAUAAUUUACACCUCUGAUAAUGGUUAUCACAUGGGUCAAUUCAGUCAACCUUAUGAUAAACGUCAGCCUUACGAAACAGACAUCAAGGUACCGUUCCUUGUUCGAGGCCCAGACAUUCCACAUAAAGUCCUGGUGAAAUCUCCAAUAGCACUAAUAGAUGUUGCUCCCACCCUCCUCGACUUGGCUGGAAUAGAAGUCCCAUCCAGGAUGGAUGGCUCAUCGUUUCUUAAAAAAAUAACUCAACCAGAGAUGGAUGAACGUCAAAUUUUGAUCGAAUAUUGGGGUGAAGGUAUCGUGGAAACGUAUAAUUCCGAAUGUCCUUGGCAGAAAAAGGAUAAACUAUAUCUAUGUACAACAGAUAUGGCGUGCCAUUGUCAGGAUUCAUGGAAUAACACUUUUAGCUGCAUUAGACAUUUGGCCAAAGAUUUGGAUUUAACUUACUGUCAAUUUAAAGAUACUGAGAAUUUUGCCGAAGCAUAUGAUUUAAAAAACGAUUUGUAUCAAAUUAAUAACAUUGCAUACACUAUAUUACCUUCAAUACGAGCAAAGUACAAUUUAGCUCUUGGUAAUUUAACCGAGUGUGCAGGUGCAACUUGUCGUCGAAUAUAUUAAAACGAAAAAUUAAUUUCGUAAUAAUCGUAAUUAGGUUAAAAAGUUAAGAAACUUAUGACAUAUAGUAAUAUGCUACUCU